AUGGAAGGUGAUUCGGAAACGAGCGCCGAAUGGAGCACAGCCAUCUCCGACCGCGAACGCGGGCCCUUGGUGACCAUCACGGCCUGUCUGAUGCUGGUGGCCAUGUUCUUCUUUCUCGCCUUUCGCAUGACGAUCCGGUGGCCCUGGAGGAAGCUGUUGGGCUUCGAUGACUUGGUGGUGGUGCUGGGAAGUCUGGUGGCGACGGGGCAGGCGGUGGCGGUGUUUCGAGCGAUUCACUUUGGUUUGGGUCAGCAUCGAGAGGAUUUGGGGUCGGAGGAUAUAGGAAGGUUGAAACAUGCAGCCUUGGCAAGCGAUAUCCUCUCCGUCAUUGCUCUCACCUGCUCGAAACUUGCCGUGUCUCUCCUGAUCCUACGACUAUCCACCUUCAAGCGACAUGUCCUUGCCGCGCGAAUCAUCACCGUGUUGAUUUGUAUCUGGGGCGUCAUCGCCACCACUUCUUCCUCUAUCAGCUCUACAUCGAACGUGAAAGCGAGAAAAGAUGGCUGGAUUGGCGUGGGAGCCUACAGCGUUGUUUUGGAGACCUCCCUCUUCCUCCUCCCCAUCUACCUCGUCUGGUCCCUCCAAAUGCGCCUCUCUGCCAAACUCACCAUCAUCCUCGGCUUCGCCUUCCGCAUCCCUGCCAGCGCCCUGGCCUUGGCUCGAGUGCUCGCUGUCGCCAAAAUGCUCUCGAUCGAAGCCUCCCAAAGCGGGUCUACCCUCGACCUUCCCUGGGACUUCGUCAGGCCGACGAUUUUCGCCAUCAUCGAAGUGAAUUACUCGUUAAUGGCGGCGACAAUACCCUGCAUGCACCUGUUUUUGCGACAGUUUAGUACCGGGUAUUUGGGCACGACUUUGCAGCAGGUGGAACCGUCGAUCGGUGGGGGGACGGGGCAGUUUAGUAGUACGGGUACGAUGAAGGGAGCCAGUGGGAGUGGGAGUGAUUCGUAUAUUUUGAGUAGUAUGAGGAGUUCGCAUACGAGGCACACGAUUACGAGGACGAGGAGAGAGAGUCAUAUUAAUAAGCAUGGUGCACGCGAGACGACGCGACAGAGAAGUGGGUCCGGAGACGAGGACUUGUUGAAGAGGAAUGAUGGGAAUACGACGACGACGUGCGUGAUUCAUCCAGAUCAGAUUACGACGGAGGGAGAUGGAGAGAGUCGGGUGAGUGUGAUGAGUAGUGGGAGUGAUGGGAUUGUGGUGCGGCAGACGGUCGAGGUGAAAUGGGAGGAGGAUGCGCCGAGGGCGGCGGAGCGGGCGCUGUUGCAACGCUAG